GCCGGGAGCCCGGAACCGCCAUGGCCGGCAGCGGCAGCGGGCCCGCGCUGGAAACCAUCCAGGCGGAUGGGACGGACGGGAACUGCGUCACGUUUGUGCUGCACGACGAGGAUCACACCCUGGGCAACUCCCUGCGCUACAUGGUCAUGAAGAACCCUGACGUGGAGUUCUGUGGCUACUGCAUCACACACCCCUCAGAAAGCAAGAUCAACUUCAGGAUCCAGACCAGAGGGGCCCUUCCUGCUGUGGAGCCAUUCCGGAAAGGGCUGAAUGACCUGAUGGGCGUUUGCCAACAUGUGCUCAACACCUUUGAGAGGAGCAUGAAGGAGUUCAGGGCACAGAAGGAGGAGGAGAUGCAGUAGCCUUUGGGAAUGGCAUGGAUGUAAUCUCUGUUGAAUUCCCUCUGUCCAAACGAGGUUUUUUUUGUUGUUGUUGUUUUUAUUACUUUGCUGCAAAAUGUAUUUUCUUUAAUAAUAAAGUUUAUUCAUUUAGAUGCUGCAGAGCUCAUGAUGUGUUCUGCUCAGCACAGGGAUGGAAAGUCAUAAAACGU